AUGAAGAACUUCCUAGUCUUAGCUUCCUUCGCCGCGCUAUUGGCAACCUCCAAUAGCGCCGCGGUCGUCAAGAGAGAUGACAUCGACUACGAGGAGCUUGAGCACUUCUGGUCGUACGGUCGCUCGGAGCCUGUCUACCCUAGCCCCCAGAUUUCUGGCGUUGACGACUGGGCCGAGGCACUUACCAAGGCCAAAGCGCUGGUCGACCAGAUGACCGACGAGGAGAAAAACAACGUCACCUACGGCUACGCCGUCACCACGACUGGUUGUUCUGGUGUGUCGGGCAGCGUUCCUCGACUCAAUUUCCCCGGCUUGUGUCUGCAGGACGCCGGUAACGGUGUUCGUGGUACAGACAUGGUUAACUCGUACCCAGCAGGCCUGCAUGUGGGCGCCUCGUGGAACAAAGCGCUGGCGUACGACCGGUCGCUCCACAUGGGCGGAGAGUUCCGCAACAAGGGCGUCAAUGUCGCCCUGGGCCCUGUGACUGGACCGGUGGGCAAGAUCGCCAGGGGUGGCCGUAACUGGGAAGGUUUCUCGAACGACCCUUACUUGUCGGGCGCCUUGACAGGCGAAACAAUUCGCGGCCUGCAAGAAUCAGUCAUUGCAUGUGUCAAGCAUUUGGUGGCCUACGAGCAGGAAGCCACCAGAAACCCGCAGUUCGGACUGAUUUGGCCCACCCACAACCAGUCCAUCUCGUCCAAUGUCGACGACAGAACCAUGCACGAGUUGUACAUGUGGCCGUUCCAGGACGCCAUCAAGGCCGGCGCCGGGUCUGUCAUGUGCAGCUACAACAGGAUCAACAACUCGUAUGCCUGCGAGAAUAGCAAGGUGAUAAACGGCCUGCUUAAGGAGGAGCUUGCUUUCCAGGGCUUUGUGGUGUCUGACUGGGAUGCUCAGCACUCUGGCGUUGCCAGUGCCGAGUCUGGCCUCGACCUUGCCAUGCCAGACUCUGUAUUCUGGGCAAAUGGCACCCUGGUCGAGGCAGUCAACAACGGCACCAUGGCGCAGAGCAGACUCGACGACAUGGCCACCCGUAUUGUCGCCGCAUGGUACAAGCUGGCUGAGAUCGAGGACCCAGGUUUUGGUAUCCCUUACGACCUGACUCAGGCACACGACCUUGUCGAUGCACGUGACCCCGCAUCUGCAGAUACCAUUCUGCAGGGAGCCGUCGAGGGCCACGUUCUGCUCAAGAACAAGGACAACGCGCUGCCGCUCAAGAAGCCAAAGGCCCUCGGCCUAUACGGCUACGAUGCCACCGCCGCGGCCAGGAAUUUCCUCACGGGGGGGCAGGUCCCACUUUGGGCUUUUGGUCUCCAAAACACGCUCACCUAUUCCAACGGCACUGACAUCGAUGUCGGAAAGAUAUGGAGUAUGUUCCUGUCAUCGUACGACCCUACACAGAGUGGCCCAGAUGUUGCUCUCAACGGCACGUUCUUUGUUGGCACCGGUUCCGGUUCCAACACGCCUUCCUAUAUUGAUGCUCCAUACGACGCUUUCGUGCGCCAGGCAAAGCAGGACGGCACGUGGCUCAGCUGGAACUUCGCCGAUCCGGACCCAGAGGUGAACGGUGGCAACGACGCCUGCGUUGUGUUCAUUAACGACGCCUCGUCCGAGGGCUGGGACAGAGCUACGUUGCGCGACAAGUACUCCGACGAGCUGGUCAAGAACGUCGCUUCCAAGUGCAGCAACACCAUCGUUGUGGUUCACAACGCCGGUAUCCGGAUUGUGGACAGCUGGAUCGACCACGAGAAUGUCACCGCCCUGGUGUUUGCUCACUUGCCAGGCCAGGACUCUGGCCAGGCUCUGAUUGACGUGCUGUACGGCAACCAGUCUCCAUCUGGAAGACUCCCAUACACCGUGGCCAAAACAGAGUCUGAUUAUGGCAAUCUGCUCUCUCCUGUCUACCCAGAAGGCACCGUUGACCUGUACUACCCGCAGGACAACUUUACCGAGGGCCUGUACAUCGACUACAAGCACUUCCUCAAAUACAACAUCACCCCACGCUACGAGUUCGGCUACGGUCUCACCUACACGACGUUUGACUACGCCAACAUCUCGAUCACCAAGCAGAAUGCAGACACCUCCCAAUUCCCUCUGGAGGCGACUAUCGUCCAGGGAGGCAACCCUCACCUGUGGGAGGUGGUGGCCACGGUCACGUGCGACGUCACGAACUCCGGCAACGUCACUGCUGCAGAGGUGGCCCAGCUGUACGUUGAGAUCCCUAACGGCCCUGGCCGUGUUCUGCGUGGCUUCGACAAGAUCUCCAUCGGCCCUGGCGAGACCCAGACGUUUGUGUUCGACCUGACCCGUCGUGACCUGAGCACGUGGGACGUCGAGAACCAGAACUGGGCCCUCCAACAGGGCGACUACCCAAUUUACGUCGGCAAGAGUGUCCUGGACAUCCAGCUGACGGGUACGUUGUCCAUCUAG